CCCGGCCUGACCCCUGCCCUGUUCCUGCCUCCUGUCUUGAUCUGAUCCUGCCUGUCUCUGCCCUGCCCUCAAGCCCUGAUCUCACUUGCCUCAAGUCUCAGCCUCUGCCUGCCCUGCCUCUACCCUGGCCCCUGGCCCUGCCCUGGACCCUGCCCUGCUCCCCUGCCCUGACCCUGCCCUGCCUCUGUCUCGAUCUGAUCCUGCCCUGCCUCUGUCUCUGCCCUGCCCAUGACCUGACCCUGCCCUGCCCUGCUCCUGCCCCUGAUCUGGACCCCUGCCCCACCUCUGCCUUGUCUCUUGAUCCUGAUUGUCUGUCUCUUGAUCUGGACUGCCCUGUCUCCAGUCUCUGUCUCUGUUCUGCCCCUGCCAAGGACUGCCCUGCCCUUGCCCCACUGCCCUGCCCUGACCUGACCUCGCCCCUGCCCCCUGACCCAUUCCGCCCUGACUCCUGCCUCCUGUCUGCCCUGAUCUGA